GAGUCUGCAUUAUGAAGCAUUGAAUUUGUAAUACGAUAAAAAACUUGAAUUUCCAAAAUUAUUUGAACCGCGUGAAAAUAUUUUUCUUGUUCUAUCAUUUUCAAUUACAUAGCCUUGUUUGUGUUGGAAAAAAGAGUCAUAAGAAGAUCUUAAACAGUAAAAAGCUGUCUUUAUUCAUGUGGUUUUUCUUUAUUAAUUCCUUUCUUAUGAUCAAAGCAAACAAUAAAUACCUUUCUUUCGAUCAAAGGCGAAGAUCUGUGUAUUCAGAAUAUUUCUAAAUAAUGUUUUAUCUAGAGAAAGCAAAGAACUCACAAGAUUAUAAUAUCGGAGAUUUUGGAUAAAUCCACAAACCGAAUAAAAGAAACAAAAAUGGAUCCAACCUUGUAUCUAAAAUAUCAGUAAUGGUUAUUUUUCACUUGCUGAAUAUCUUAAAAGGGAUGAAUAUCCAACGUUGUAUCACUCCAACAGGCAACACAAUCUUACACGUGGUGGCCCAUUAUGGCCACUCACAUUUAGUGCCAGAAGUCGUUAAGAUUAGUCCGGAAUUGUUAUGCCAUCAGAGCAAGAAGAAUGAAACUACGCAUCACGUAAUGAAGGUCACAUCGAAGUAGUCCAUUCGCUACUUAGUAUGGAGGAGCAUUAUAAGGAGACACUCAUGAGGAUGACAGAUGAUAAUGGAGAUACAGCGCUGCACAUGGCCGUGUGGAGCCGACAUCAAGAUGAAGCCAGACUCUUGGUGAAAGAAGAUCCUGAAUUCGAAUUUCCAUCCAACAAGGCUCGGGAGAUACCACUGUAUCUGGCAGCUGAGUCUGGUCUUCGUAAAGCUUUGAGUGAAAUCUUGGACUCAUGCAAGCAACCAACUUCUUCUACAGGUCCAUUAAAUCGAACACCUCUGCAUGCAAAAGUAAUUCAGGAACACACAGAUUGCGCGAGAUUGCUAAUGCAAUGGAAUAGAUCGUUGUGUAAGGAACCUGACGUUGGGGGUUGGAAUUCGCUGCACUUUGCUGCUCUUUUGAGAUUGAAAGAAGUAGUUUCCGAUAUGCUGGUGUGGAAAAGAUCCUUAGCCUACCUUCUAGUAGGCAGUGAAAAUGACUGGACAACAGCAAUUCACAUUGCAGCCAGUGCAGGUAAGAUAGAUGUUUUACAUGAGCUAUUAAAUCACUGCCCUGAUUGCUGGGAAAUGCUUGACAGCAAUGGCCGAAAUGCUAUUCAUGAAGCCAUAUUCUGCAGUAAAGCAAAUGUGGUCAGUUACUUACUGAAGUCCAGAAAGUAGGAUAAGCUUAUCGAGGAUCUAGACAAUGAUGGCAACAGUUCUCUCCAUUUGCUUGCUUCCUCUGAUUUUUGGGGCUAUGUGCCAUUACAAUUAAAAUUUCAUCCCCGAGCAAAGAACUGUCAUAUAACAAGGAAAACAAGACUCUUUGUGACGUAGCAGUGUCUUGCACAGAGUGGACGGCAGACAACAAGACUCCUUGUGACGUAGCAGUGUCUUGCACAGAGUGGACGGCAGACAAGGAUAGAAUCGCGCCCAGCUUAUUUAAUGAUUUCUUUAUUUACAUUGCUCAUUUGGGAGGAUGUUUAACCAAGAUGAACCAGAUGGAUCCUCGUCCAAUGUCCUAUAAGGAUUUGGGUUAUUUGUGGUCUCUCAGUAAAGUUGGAGCUAGGUCACAGCUCGUGGUAAUGUCAGCAGUUGUAAUUGCAUUUGUAAUUGGUAUGUAUGCUACUUUAGCACAUUCAGUUGGUCUCUCUAUUACUGUCUGUUCCAUCGGUUGCAUCUCUUUCAUUAUGUACGUGUGGGCAGCGCUGAGGCCAGUAUGCUGGAUAGGUGUAGCAAAAAGGUAAUGUAUACGUACAAAAAGUAUUUUUGACAUGUAUACUUUGUGUAAUUUUCUUUAUACAUGAUAUAAAUUCAUUGGUUGCACC